UCAUUAUUGAUUGUUCGCUGUUUUUCCUUGUAAUUAUUCUUGUUGUCCAACUUUUGGUUACCCUAAUUCCCUUUAUAUCUGAGCAAUCUUUUCUAGGGUUUUCGAGAUUCUUAAAGUUAGAUUGUUUGUUUGCCUUGUUGAGUAGCUUAGUAGACGCCUCCUCAUCCUUCAGACCUUUCUUCUAUAAACUAUUCGCUACGUCCCAUGAAAGUUUAACCGUUGAGUUUGGUAAUUCCAAAACCCGAAUGGACCAAUAUAGCUUCAAAAGACGCAUCUUGUCAUGAAAUGGCUGGGUUAAAAUCUUAUACCCACCUUACUUGAAACAAAGCAUGUGGUUAGCGACUUUAAGCUUAACGCUUCUGGAACUGAUGCUUCCUUUUGUCUUUCUCUUCUUAAAUUUCAAGGCUUGCGGAGGAGUUUAAGUCGUUUGCGUCCAAAAAGUGGUGCAAAACUUUGUAUGUGGCUCUAUGGUGCCUCUUUUGCAGCUGGAACUUGGAAGCUCUUUUUACAUCCACCAACUCUUUUCAUGACAAACUCAUACUGUGUCAUUUAAGGCAUUCGCUGUGAUGGAUGCCAACAGAGAAGAAGCGUUACGUGCCAAACAAAUAGCAGAGAAAAAAAUGGAAAACAAAGAGUUUUCAGCCGCAUUAAAAAUCGCCCAAAAAGCCCAACAACUUUACCCCGAACUCGAAAACAUCUCCCAAUUAAUUUUAGUAUGUGAAGUCCACAUUUCAUCAGAAAAAAAAUCAUUCGGAUCCGAUAAAGACUGGUAUUCAAUUCUCAAAAUCGACCCUUCAUCCGAUGAUUUAUCAAUCAAAAAACAAUACCGAAAAUUAGCCUUAGUCCUUCACCCCGAUAAAAACAAAUUUUCGGGGUCCACAGACGCCUUUAAAUUAAUCGGUGAAGCCCAAAGAGUCCUUUUAGACCCUGAAAAACGAACAUUACACGAUAACAAACGGAGAGCUUUUUCCACCACAAAUUGGGCCCCGCGACAGCAACCGGUUGUCCGACAACCGCAACAUUCAUGGAAUCCAGUUUUUCCGCAAGGGCAUUCUGGUAAUUUCGCAGGGGAUAAUUUCACCGGAGGGCGUUCCGGUUCCGGUCCCGGGACCGGGAGCUUUCAGUUUCAGCGUGCGAAGCCCGGGGGUAGCGCGGUCCGGUUAACGUUUUGGACGGUUUGCCCGUUUUGUUCGGUUCGGUAUCAGUUUUAUCGAGAUGAUGUUUUGAAUAAACCGGUUCAUUGUCAAACUUGUAGGAAGGCUUUCACGGCUUAUGAAUUGAACAUACAUGCUCCUCAGCCUUCGGUUCCGCAACGGAAUACGAUUCCGGUUCCGACUCCGACUCCGGCUCCAACUCCGGUUCCGGUUCCACCCAAAUCCAAAUCUAAAUCAAAACCAACCGAGACGCAAAAUGUGAACAAGAAACGGAAAAAGAAGGUGGACGAAUCGAGUGAAAGUUCUGACAACGGUACGAGCAGCUCUGAGGAAGAUGAAGAUGAAGAUGAAGAUUCCGGAGAUGAAAACAGCACGGAAUCGGACGAAAAUGCCCCUGAAAAAAAUCAAGAUUCUGGACGUGUUGGUGAACAGCCUCGGAGAUCCGCACGCCCGAAAAGAAACGUAUCGUAUAAAGAAAAUGUAAAUGAUCACGAUCAUGAUCAUGAUGACGAGGCUGCUCCAUCAAAAAAGCGGGCCCCACCAUCGGGUACUGCAAAAGCGAAACCCGAAGAUAUGUUUUGGAAAGCGGAGGUUCGGGAACCGGUCAAAGAAAGUCAAAAUCAAGAAUCUCAUUCUAAUUCCGAUGGUAAGAAAGUCGAUGUUGAGGACCUGGAAUCGGAAUCGGAACCGGAACCGGAACCGGAAGCAGAAGAUGAACCGGAAUCGGAUCCGGAAGUUUUCGAGUGUCCUGAUCCGGAGUUUAACGACUUUGAAAAAGACAGAAAAGAAGACAGUUUUACCCCUGGGCAGAUUUGGGCGCUUUAUGAUACCGAGGAUGCGAUGCCCAGGUUCUAUGCUUAUAUCCGGAAAGUUCAAUCGCCGGGUUUUAGCCUACAAAUCACAUGGCUGAAACCGGUUCCAGAAACCGAUGAUGAAACGAAUUGGGUUGAGGAGGAAUUGCCUGUUUCUUGUGGGAAUUUUAAACGUGGGAAACCCGAUAAAGCGGAAGAUCUUCCGAUGUUUUCACAUUUGGUGACAUGGGAGGAGGUUAAAAGGGGAAUUUUCAAUAUAAUUCCGAGAAAAGGCGAGACGUGGGCCCUAUUUAAAGACUGGAAUAUAAACUGGUCUAAUGACGGAAACGGAAAGUAUGAAUACGAGUUUGUUGAGGUUUUAUCAAAUUAUGAUGAGGGUAUUGGGUUUCGGGUUUCGUACUUGGAGAAGUUGGCCGGAUUCCGAUGUCUUUUUGGCCAGAAAGAGGACGGGGAGAUGGUGAUUCCGGAGAGUGAUAAGUAUAGAUUUUCGCAUAUGGUUCCGUCUUGUAGGAUGAGUGGAGAAGAACGGGAAGGUGUUCCAAAGGGGUCGUAUGAGCUUGAUCCCGCGGGUUUGCCGGCAUCAGCAUUUGAGUAGGUGGUUUUGUAUUAGGGUAAUCGGAACCGGAAUCAGAAACGGAAUCGGAAUCGGAAUUUGGAAUCUAAAUAUUGUGUUUUAGAUGUUAUUUUGUUGGUAAUUAGAUAUAUAUAAAUCCAUUUGGACCCUUGGGAGACUCGUGGUUAAUUGAUUCGAAAUAACGCUAAAAAGGGUCUCUUUUGAUU